AUGCGUCUUGAGCCUAAAUUGAGAAUGCUACAGAGUCGAAGCCGCUCCAAUCAUUCACUACCAAAAUUGCUAGAGCCAUCUACAGUAACAGCAGAUCAAGAAAGUAAAAAAAUAGACUCAUCUGGUAAUAAUUUCGUCCGAAGACGUUAUACCUUUACCGCUAAAGAUACGCCUGCUACUGAUCCACAGCGUGAAAUUAUUCGUCAACGUUUUGCAACAAGAAGACUCAGUAAUAAGAACGAUCAACUUCAGUGCCCAUCGAUUCCACAAGCAAAUCGAAGGAAAAGUAGUGUUGGAAAUUCUGUCUUGGUUAAACAAAAUUAUAACGAAUCGCCCAAUCGACGCCCUAGUAUUAGAAGCCAUGCAAAUGAAAAAUCUACACAAUCUGCUUUGCCUGGUUUAAAUCAGUUGCAUUUAGUACAACAAGCCCAAUAUUAUAAUGAUAAUCAUAGUGUAUGUUCGUAUGAUGCUGAAGAUGAAUAUGAUAGCCAUAAUGAUAAUGAUUCAAUCAGUGAUUCAAGCUCAGUUUAUCAAUGUUUAACCAAGAAAAAUCUUAAAUUAAUUCCUAAAUCAAGUCAAGCUAUUACUACGACAACCACUAAUGAAGGCCAAAAGCAAAAGCUCGAAAUGGGUUACGAUUCCGGUAUUAACGAAAUCACAAAUCUUCCAUCAUCAUCAUCUAAAGGUAAAUUAAAACGUCGCAAAAAGAAAUCCAAUGAUAGUCACCAACAGUGUGACCAAAUGACUACACGUAUCAUGAAUUGGCUAAAUGAUUGUCAUGAAAAAGAACAAGAAGGCCAAUUACCUAUUCUAUUUCAGAGCCAAUUAACUAAUUAUCGCUGUUAG